AUUAUACCUAUGUUCGAAGAGGCGUACACAUGUUUGUCAAAUAGAGAGAAAAAGGAAGAAUGGCGGACGAAAACGAAGAUCAGUGGUUGUAUGGGGAUUCUACCGAUGGAAAGGAAUAUGUCAAUAUACCGUCGGAGAUUCAACAAAAUGAUUCGACAAAAACACAAGAAAAAUCUCAAAUUCCAGAGGACCUUAAAAUGGAGGGAAUUAAUGAAACACCGCCCGAGAUGCAGGAUAUUGAUUUCCCUGUUGAAGGUCAUGAAGAAUCCUCUUUAUUGAAUAAUGUACAGGAAGAGAAUAAUAUGGAUACAAAUAAGAAUGGAAUUAGAGAAGCUUCUAGCCAGGAGGAUGGCGAAGCAGCCAGUGAUUCCGAUUCUGAUGAUGAUGUACAUGUUGUGAUUGGCGAUAUCAAAUCGACACCGGCAUAUGGUAGCUUAAAUAUCAAAAGAGGAGGAUUGCUGACUAAUGCAUCUGGUGUGCCAGAUAAAUUGAGCAAACAGCCAGGAAAGUUCAGUAUAGAUGAGUUUGAGACUAUUGGAGUUAUCAAUGGGAUACCAGCUCAUGAAUAUAAUUUAGAUCAAUUAGAAGAUAAGCCGUGGAGACAACCUGGUGCAGAUAUCACGGAUUAUUUCAACUAUGGCUUUAAUGAGGAAACCUGGAGAGCGUAUUGCGAACGUCAGAAACGGAUGCGAAGUGAAUCAGGAGUGGGAUUGAUUUUGAAUGCAGGAGGUAGCGGUGGUAAUCCUGGCAGCAUGAGGGUACCUCAAGUGGCGAUAACCAAUGAUAACAGUAAAUACUCAGGUAUUAUGGGUCCUAAAAGAGCUGGUCCACCGCCAGGACGAAAAAUGGCAGGGACUAUAGAUGUUAUUGGAAGUUCUGGUUUAGCUUCCCGAAGGAAUUUGGAUAAAUCCCCGCCGAAAGGAAAUGUUAUACAAGUCAUGACGGCCGAUAGGAGAGAAUAUUCUAGAAAGCCAGGUUUUCCUGAUAUGAGUGUACCACCUCCUGGAGCAGGGAUGCCACCACCGUUUGAUAUGCCUCCACCGGGAUAUGCCGGAGAGCCAGCGCCGUUCUACAUGCCGGAAACUGAUCCAUAUUAUCAGAGUUAUGAACCCACACAGGACAACCAGUGGGGUAAUGAUCCGACAUGGCAACCGACAAAUCUGGCAAUCCCGAUGACCGAAGGUGAAGACGACAAAGAUAUGGGACCUAAGACCAUACCCACCAUGGUUCCACCAACAUCCAUUCCUCCUUUAAUGCAACCACGCGAUCAACGGGACGGCAGAGAUCGAGAACGAGACAGGGACAGAGAUCGAGAAUUGGAUUCUAUGGGCAGAGAUAGGGAUAGAGACAAAGAUAGAGAUCGUGAUCGCGAUAGAGAAAAAGACUCAAUGAUAAGGGACCGUGAUAGAGAUAGAGAUUCGAUGACGCGAGAUGAAGAUCGAGAGCGUGAUAGGUCCAGAUCUCAGUAUCGUCAUAAAGAUCGGCAUCGGCAUCGAUCAAGGUCACGAUCUCGUAGACACAAAUCAAGAUCGCGAAGUCCGAGCCGACGUAAGAAGAAAUCCAGACGCUCGGAUAGAGAACGUUCUAAGGAAGAAAGCGAAUAAAUAUAU